CGCGUACAAUCAUGGAAGAUAAACAUUGGGACAAUUUUCUCGCAUCAAAUGAGGCUAACGUUAUAUGAGUUUAGAGGAGAGCCGCUACGUAUGUCUCCCAUACCGACCCCCCUCCUCCUCCGCUGGCAAUUUAUAAAGAACAAAAAAUCAGACUAGGGAGGGGGUUGAUACGCCGAAGCUGAAAUCGAGAGGCGAACCCAGUUAAGGAGUAUUUUUUUUUUUUACACGGGACUUCCCCAAAAGGAGGGGGAAAAGUCACAAUUGUGGAAUCUAAAAGAAAAUUAAGGUUCAAAAUACGUGAGAACGUCUCCCGUUGUGGAUUCCGUAUAUAUUUUUAAUUCGAAAAAAUAUGGCCGAGAACGUUCUGGACUCUGGCCCGCCUUCAGCCAAGAGGCCUAAACUAUCCUCUCCGGCACUUUCUGCCUCCGCCAGCGAUGGAAACGAUUUUGGCUCAUUGUUCGACCUGGAGCACGACCUCCCUGACGAGCUCAUCAAUUCCUCGGAGUUGGGCCUGGUCAACGGAGGGGACCUCAGCCAGCUGCACAAGUCUGGGGGAGGCGGUGGAAUGGGCCUGGGCCUGGGAGGAGGGGGGGGUGGCCAGGACGCAGUGGCCAAGCACAAGCAGCUCUCAGAGCUCCUUCGAUCAGGCGCUCCACAUGCCUCCACACAGCAGGGCCAGGGUGUGGUGGGCAGCCCAGGCGGGGCCAGCAUGGGCCACCUGGGGAACAUGAAGGUAUCCCCUGGGCCCCAGGGCAUGGGCCAGCAGCAACACCUCUCACCCCAGCAGCAGGCCAGCAUGAUGCAGCAGCAGGUGGGGAUGGUGGGUGCCAUGAACAGGGGCAUGAUUGGUGCCCAGAAGGGCAACGGACAGCAGCAGCAAGCCAUGAUGGGGGGGGCGGUGAUGAACGGAUCCCCCAGGAUGAGCUUCUCGAACCAGGGGAUGGUGGGGAACAGUAACAUGCUGGCUGAGACUCUGCAGGGUGCCGGGGGACAGGCUGGACUCAGAGUACAGCAACCUGGAGCACUGAAUAAGAUGGGUAUGGCGGGUAACCCAGGCCCCUAUGGAGUUCCCUAUGGUGAGCAGCAGGCAGGCCAGGGCCUAGGGGGAGCAGGGCUGGGCCCUCCGCUCCAGAACAAAGGCUCCAUGCCCAACAGCCUGGCCCAGUUCAGCAUGGACAAGAAGAGCCAGCCCAUGCAGGGCAUGGCUGCCAUGGCCACACAGCAGUCUGCCACAGGUGUGGGCGGUGGAGCCGGAGGCACUGCAGGGUUGGUCCCCAACGCCCAGGGAGGCCUGGGGCCCGCUGUGUCUGCAGCAGCUGGGGCGCCCCCUACAGCCGACCCCGAGAAGCGCAAGCUGAUCCAGCAGCAGCUGGUACUCCUGCUCCAUGCACACAAGUGCCAGCGGCGGGAGCAAGCCAACGGGGAGGUGCGCCAGUGCAACUUGCCACACUGCCGCACCAUGAAGAACGUCCUCAACCACAUGACCCACUGCCAGGCCGGCAAGUCCUGCCAGGUGGCUCACUGUGCGUCAUCCAGACAGAUCAUCUCUCACUGGAAGAACUGUACGCGGCACGACUGUCCUGUCUGCCUGCCGCUCAAGAAUGCCGGGGACAAGAGGAACCAGCAGUCUCUGCUAGGAGGUGCUGGUGUAGGUCUGGGUAGUUCCCUGGGCUCGGUGCCUGGAGGCCAGCCCAGCUCCGGCAAUCUCAACCCCCCCAGCCAGAUCGACCCCAGCUCAAUUGAAAGGGCCUACGCCGCCCUGGGCCUCACUUACCAGGGCACCCAGAUCCAGAGCCAGCCCAACCAGGCUUCUCUGCCCUCACAGGGUCUGCAGGGACAGCCGGGCAUGAGGCCGCUCAACCCUAUGGGGGGUAACCCAAUGGGGGUGAAUGGAGGAAUGGGUGUUUCACCCCAGAACCAGCAGGCCAGCCUGCUGCAGGAUACCAUGCUCCACCUCAACAUGAACUCCCAGGGUCUGAUGAAUGAUGCGGGUGGGACGGGUAACAUGGGCUCCAUGCCCAUGGCGACCCCACCCUCUGCAGCGGGUAUGAGGAAGAGUUGGCAUGAGGACAUCACCCAGGACCUGAGGAACCACCUGGUGCACAAACUGGUGCAAGCCAUCUUCCCGACCCCGGACCCCGCUGCUCUGAAAGACCGGCGGAUGGAGAACCUGGUGGCGUACGCUAGGAAGGUGGAGGGGGACAUGUAUGAGUCAGCCAACAGCAGGGCGGAGUACUACCACCUGUUGGCUGAGAAGAUCUAUAAGAUCCAAAAGGAAUUGGAGGAGAAGAGGCGAACGCGGCUCCAAAAGCAGGAUGGUCCCCUCCCUGACCCCUCUCUGGUGCGGCCCAGUGGACCCAACCAGAUGGUGACUAGGAUGCAGAAUCCGGCAGGUAUGAACCAGUUCAACCAGAUGGGGAUGCAGUCUAUGGGCCAGAGGUCCACCCCUCCUCUCCCCCUCACACCCAUCAACCAGAUGGGCAUGGGGAACCCCAGGAUGGGCCAGCCCAACGUGGGCCAGAACCAGUACCUUCCACAGGGACAGUUCCCAGGCUCCAGCCCAGGACCAGGCCUCGGCACGGGGCAGCCCGGCAUGGCACAGCCUGGUAUGAACCAGCAAGGCAACCAGGGAGGCAUGGCACAGACUCCAAUGCCCAUUCCUUCCCCUCUCCCCGCCAACAGCCCUCUAGCCGGGCCCGGUUCGGUCGGAGGGGGUAGCGGUGUCCCCUCGGUGGGGCCCAUGGGUCCCCAGAGUGUGGGUGGAGGCCCCUCGUCCAACAACCCCCAGCAGCCCAACUCAAUAACCCACCUCUCGGCCAUGCGCCAGAGCUCGCCUUCCCCCGCCCGCAGCAUCACCCCCACACCCCACCAAACACCACCCAGGCUAGCAGGCUCACAGACCCCCCAGCCCCACACCCCUAACCCGCCCCAGCUGCCCCCCCCAGGCCCCCAGCAGCAGCUAGGGCCCGGCAGCCAGGGGCCAGGCUCCAAUAAGCCCAUGCAGCAGGGAAUGGGAGCAGGGGCCACCACGCCAUCUCACCCUGGUCACCCCUCCACAACACCCAACCCCCAUGGGGCCCAGCUCCCUCACACGCCUCGCACCCCGAUGUCCCAGAAGGGUGGUUUCCAGUCGCAGGACUGUCAGGCUCUGACCCCAGCGUCAGUCAGCAGUGUGGACACGGCCUCCCAGCAGGCUUCCCAGUCAGACGCCUCGGCCUCCGUGGACCCAAAGGCGGAGGUCAAGCAGCAGCAGGACGAGGAGGACGACUGGGAGGAAGGCUGCUCCAAGGGGGGGAAGCUAUCCAACAUCAAGACGGAGAACAAACCCAUCAAAAUGGAGGGGGUGAAGAAAGAGGAGUGUGGAGGCCAAGGGGGCAAAGGUGUUCCCAUGGAAACGUUGUCAUCGUCGGGGGUUAAGAGUGAAGAAAGGGUGAAGAUGGAAGACCGGAAACCGGAGGUGAAGAAGGAGCCGAAAGAGGAGGAGAAGGGAUCAGAUUCCCCUGGUAUUCCGUCUGGUGCCCAGAGCAAGAAGAAGAUCUUCAAGCCAGAAGAGCUGCGCCAGGCGUUGAUGCCUACCCUGGAGUCUCUGUAUCGCCAGGACCCAGAGUCUCUGCCCUUCAGACAGCCUGUGGACCCUCAUCUACUGGGCAUACCUGACUACUUUGACAUAGUGAAGACCCCCAUGGACCUGUCCACUAUAAAGCGUAAGCUGGACACUGGUCAGUACCAGGAACCCUGGCAGUACGUGGACGACAUCUGGGUCAUGUUGAACAACGCCUGGCUGUACAACCGCAAGACGUCCCGCGUCUACAAGUACUGCUCCAAGCUGGCCGAGGUGUUCGAGGCUGAGAUAGACCCCGUCAUGGUCAGCCUGGGCUAUUGCUGCGGCAGGAAGUUGGAGUUCUCUCCCCAGACAUUGUGCUGCUAUGGGAAGCAGCUGUGCACUAUUCCCCGGGACGCUGCCUACUUCAGCUACCAGAACAGGUACCACUUCUGUGAGAAGUGCUUCAACGAAAUCCAGGGGGACAACGUGUCCCUGGGAGACGACCCCUCCCAGCCUCCGACUUCCAUCGGUAAAGAUCAGUUUGAGAAGAAGAAGAAUGACACACUGGAUCCUGAAUUACUUGUGGAAUGUAUGGACUGCGGACGUAAGAUGCACCAGAUCUGUGUCCUGCACAACGACACUAUCUGGCCGUUAGGUUUUAAUUGUGAUGGCUGCUUAAAGAAGUUGAAUAAGACGCGGAGAGAGAACAAGUAUGCUGCCAAAAGGUUGCCCCACACUAAGCUGGGCUGUUAUUUGGAGACUAGAGUGAAUGACUACCUGAAGCGUCAGAGCCACCCUGAGUCGGGUGACGUCACCAUCCGAGUGGUCCACGUCUCAGACAAGGUGGUGGAGGUCAAACCAGGCAUGAAGUCCAGGUUUGUGGACACUGGGGAGAUGUGUGAGUCAUUCCCAUACAGAACGAAAGCCCUGUUUGCAUUUGAGGACAUCGAUGGAGCUGAUGUCUGCUUCUUCGGCAUGCAUGUACAGGAGUACGGCUCGGAUUGCCCUCCUCCCAAUCAGAGACGCGUGUACAUCUCGUACCUGGACAGUGUUCACUUCUUCCAGCCUCGUUCUCUGAGGACGGGCGUCUACCAUGAGAUUCUCAUUGGCUAUCUGGAGUAUGUCAAGAAGCUGGGGUACACAACGGGUCACAUCUGGGCGUGCCCACCUAGUGAAGGGGACGACUACAUCUUCCACUGUCACCCUAUGGACCAGAAGAUCCCCAAGCCCAAGAGGCUUCAGGAAUGGUAUAGGAAGAUGCUGGACAAGGCUGUGGCAGAACGUAUUGUGCAUGACUUCAAGGACAUCUUCAAGCAGGCCACGGAGGACCGUCUGACAAGUGCCAAGGAGCUGCCGUACUUUGAGGGGGACUUCUGGCCCAACGUGCUGGAGGAGAGCAUCAAGGAGCUGGAGCAGGAGGAGGAGGAGAGGAAGAGAGAGGAAAACAGCACUUCCA